AUGGCCCCCGGCAACUCUUCGCGUAACUUCUCCGCGCCGGAGGCUCGGAACGGCUCAGUAGCAGAGAAGCCAGCACCGUACACCAACGUGAUCAUGCCCAGCCUCUUCAGCAUCAUCUGCUUCCUGGGCAUCGUGGGGAACCUCAUCGUCAUUUACACUAUUGUCAAGAAGAAGAAGCUGAAGUGCAAACAGACCGUGCCUGACAUUUUCAUCUUCAACCUCUCCAUUGUGGAUCUCCUCUUCCUCUUGGGCAUGCCCUUCCUCAUCCACCAGCUCCUAGGCAAUGGCUCGUGGUACUUUGGAGCUCCCCUGUGCACCAUCAUCACUGCCCUGGACACCAACAGUCAGAUCACCAGCACCAACAUCCUCACAGUGAUGACCCUGGACCGUUAUCUGGCCACGGUCUAUCCUCUAAAAUCCACCUACGUCCGGACCCCCUGUGUUGCAGCUCUCGUUAUCUGCUUGGUGUGGCUCCUCUCCUUCCUGACGAUCAUUCCAGUGUGGAUGUACGCAGGCCUUAUGCCUCUGGAGGACGGGACUGUCCGCUGUGCUCUCCUGCUUCCCAACCCAGAGACUGAUAUUUACUGGUUCACCCUCUACCAGUUCAUGCUGGCAUUUGCUGUGCCAUUGAUUGUAAUCUGCGUGGUCUACUUCAAGAUCCUGCAGCACAUGGCCACCACCGUGGUCCCAUUGCCCCAGAGGAGCCUCCGGGUACGUACCAAGAAAGUCACCCGCAUGGCGGUUGCCAUCUGCUCUGCCUUUUUCAUUUGCUGGGCCCCCUUCUACAUCCUCCAGCUGGUUCACCUCGGCAUUGACACCCCAUCCAUGGCCUUCUUUUACGCCUACAACUUUGCCAUAAGCUUGGGCUACGCCAACAGCUGCCUCAACCCCUUCCUCUACAUUACCCUCAGCGAGACCUUCAAGCGCCAGUUCUUAGUGGCCAUCCGCCCUGCAAAAGAGCCAUGUCGCAACAGCAGCUCUGUCAACAACAACAGCAUGACAGAUGCCAGCGUAUGCCUAAAACUGGCACCAGAAUCCACUCAGCAGACUCAGUUUCUGGAGGACUUUUCCCCACGUUCACUGCCCGUGACUGUGGCUGUUCACUAG